AUGAAGAAGAUGUCUCGCAAGCCUUUCCGCGGAGGUCCGCUUUUCUCGAGCAAAGCAAGCGGCUCGACGACGUCACACGGCUCAAGCAACUCUUCCCCUAGCAUGAGCAGCACAGGUUCCAAUGGAUCCACCCGCCGUACCACUUGGGCUGACAAAAUUCGAGAAAAAUUGCCACCAUUGGGUGAGAAUGAAUACGAAGUGCUGUGGGAACGUGGCGUACUAGGCGUCAUCUUCCUUGAGUCGGAAAAAGAUGGGAUUCCGUACGUGUCAAAAGCUACUGAAUCGUGUAUCUCUACUGCUGUAAGCCAAGGUGAUAUUCUCACGUACGUAAAUGUCGUGCGCUCUAAAGACCACUCGUUCUCAGACUUUUUCAAGAUAUUAGCGACGAUGAAAAAACCUGUAUUGCUGCGAUUUGAGCGCUUGUCGGCUAGCACUCCUUCAUCCGACGAUGAUGAAGCCUCACAGCUCUUUAGUGCACAGCGUUCUGGUGCUGGGAAUCCUAUUAAUGCUACCAGUCAAGUUGCACGACAAAAUCUUUCUCAUCUAGACGAGCGGGAACCUACUGGAAGGCUUCGAAGGGUUAAUUCUGUUCACAAGGAUCAAAAACCGAUUCAGGCGACGCGAGACACAUCUUGGCGCGUGCCAAAUGCUAAGGAAUCGAGGAAUAUGGAACAUUUAGCGCAGUCAAGUGGCUCGCACGGUAGUAACGGAGCAUAUGAUCAAUUUACUGCAUCGCACCCUCAUCGACAUUUGUCGCAUACUAAAGAUCAUGUUGCGUCGGGGGAUUCUGUUAUCCCCAAUAAAAAUGGAAGUUGUUCACCACUUAAUCCCCAUGAAUAUGAAGUUUAUUGGGAAACCGGGUCGUUGGGACUCUUUUUUGCUGAAAAUCGACUGACGAGCCUACCCGUCGUGACACGAUCAACUACAAGUGCUAAUCCGGUGGUCAGACGCACUGUUGCAGUAAAUGAUACGCUUGUCUCGGCAAAUGGCGUCAAGUCAGCAGAUUACUCGUUUGAAGCGUUCUUUGCUUGUUUACAGCAAAUGAGCAAACCUGUGCGACUUGUUCUUAGACGAAAACAGCCUAAUGAGCAAGUCGUGAUUGUUAAACAAGUAGGGCACGAACAGGAUCCGAAGCGUGAAUUUUCGAAAUCGCGAGAACUACAGCAACGUAAACAGCAACAUAUACGUGAAAAUCACCAAGAACAACAACAACGAGAGCAGCAUCAACGAGAACAACAGCGGGAGCAACACCAACGAGAACAGCAACAACGUGAACAACACCAGCGAGAACAACAACAACGGGAGCAACACCAACGAGAACAACAACAACGGGAGCAACACCAGCGAGAACAACAUCAACGGGAGCAACACCAACGAGAACAACAACAAAGGGAGCAACACCAACGCGAACAACAGCAACGGGAGCAACAGCAACGAGAACAACAACAACUUCAUGCACAGCGUCGCGAACAACAACAUGAGCAACAACAGCACGAAAAGCAACAGCGUGAGCAACGACAGCGUGACCAACAGCAACGCGAACAUGAUCUCCGUGAGAAGCAACUACAUGAGCUGCACGAGCGAAAGCAGCAAGAAUGUGAAGAACAGCAGGAUAAUCUAUUGCAAGAAGUGGUAUCACCUGUGAUUGCUGACUCGAAUCCAGCGACAUUAGGCUCACCUGUUCAUGGCCAACCUCAUCAAGAUCUUAUUUCUAGUCCAGUUGUUAGACGUGCAUCUACUCCACCUUCACGUCCACCGUCUCCACAAGCUCGGCGAGUAUCUACUCCUAAUAAUCGUGAUUCUCACCAUGCCAGCAAUGCAAAUAUGCAAACGUCUCCUUUGGGCUCUCCAGUAGCACCGCAAAAGACAACUCUGGCUAAAAGCAUGUCAAGUACCAAUCAUGAUACAUCUCCACGAAUACAGCAGCCUAAAAUGACACAGAGCUCGCCAAUGGCUGACAACUCACCGAAUAUUGGCAGCUCGCCAAAAGUGAAUAGCUCACCAUUAAUGUCGCCUAGUCCGCAAUCUUCAAUGACAGAUAUUGACGAGGAAUUGAGCAACAUAACCUCACGUUCUUCAGAUUUUCAUGACAAAGAAAAUCACUUUCUAGCUGAGAGAAAAGAGAGCGAAUUGUUGACAAAGGAGAGUGUUCACAUUGCUGGGGUUGCUGACGGUAGACGAAGUCGAAAUGGCAGUGAGGAUAUGCAGCUGCAUCACACAGUAAGUGUUGUGCAUGAUGAUGAACCCACCACGUCUCCUACCGCCGCCGAGAUGGCCUACUCUUCGCUUGCUGAGUCGUGGAAUUUGCCUGAAGAUAAAGUUUUAUCCCCUUCGGUAAUGACGGAAAUGACUGAAGCAGAAGAAGAUAUUGAUAUCGCUGCACCUGUGCCGUUAAAUGAUGCCCAUUCAGAUAUGACGAACCAUGCCAAUGUAGCUGUCGAACCGGAAUUGGGUGGUGCGGAUAUAGCUGAUGAUGUAGAAGUGGUUGAAGACGGUUUAUUUUCUGAAGUAUCAAAAACAGCCGAGGAAACUUUACUGGCGGAAGAGGCCGAGCUUGCUGAGAAAGAUGUGUACGAUGAAACGAUGGACUUUGUCGAAGAAAGGGAUCCUGCAAUACCGCUGCAUUCCGAGAUCAACUCGCCCGAGGAUGAUGUGGAGGUUGGCAUGCUUGCUGAUGCGGAAGUGGAAAUUGCUAUUGAGGAGAUUGAAUGUGAAGUCGACGCGAACGAUGCUUGGGAUUUUGAACAACAUGGAUCUGACCUUGAAAAGAAAAAUGAUUCUAGCAGUGCCGAUGUAACGUCACGUGACGAGAAUUUGCAUUCUAUUCAAAGACGCUCUUCCAUUGACGGUGCUCUACGUGCCGAAUCCUCUAAAGUCGACUUUGCUGAUGCUUCCGAGAGUGCGGAUGAAUUUACAAAUGAUAGAGAUAUAUCAAGUGAGAUUGACACUGUCGAUGAUGACAUCAUGAUGCGACAAGGUCUAAAGGACAAAGCGGAAACUAGUCAGCCAAGACCGGCCAAAACGUCCUUAAAUGCCAACUUAGCUAAGUACAAGAAGAAAGGGAAAACAUCUCGGGGUGUUAUUAAGCUGCCAGCACUUACUGAAGAACAGGCGCAAACAGUUCCACUGCUUGCACCAAAUGCCGUUAACACAACUGUUCAAGUGCGAGGUAGACCAAAGCCCAAGUCGACAAUGGCGGAUACUCCUGACAGUACAACAUAUUUAGUCAAGUGGAAGGAGAACCGAAGCAUUGGCUUACAGCUGAAAGAGGUGCGCCUUGCCAAGGGCACAUAUCCACUUAUUAUGGAUGUGUGUCAUGAACCAUGCUGUGAGCUGCUGCGACAUAUCUGUGUUGGCGAUGUGAUUCUUGAGAUAAAUGGGCGCAAUACGUCGACAAUGGGGGUGAAAAAGACUGUAAAUUUCCUUAGAACGUGCACUAAGACGACUUUGAUGAAGAUUCGACACGGUCCAGGGUUCGUGAAUGAACGCGUGAGUGCGACAGUAUAA